AUGAUAUUGCUUGGUUUUAGCAAUAUUUGGUUGUUUUUAUUGAUUGUUAGGCAAAUAUCGGGUAUUUCAUACAAUCAACCAAAGCUUUGUGCAAAUGCAACGUGGAACCAGACAGCUAUAACUUUUGCCAAUAUCACCACGGUUGGCACACAACCUGUAGGCAUGUUUAUCAAUACAGAUAACAGCGUUUAUGUCGCUGAUCAAUCGAAUGGAAGGAUUCAAGUGUGGUUUAACGGAAGUACCACACUUACAGGCAAUUACUCUGGUGGCUUAUCCGUGCCUUUUAGCGUUUUUGUUACGGACAAUAGUGAUGUUUAUGUUGACAAUGGCAAAACAAACUAUCGGGUUGAUAAAUGGGGAUGGAAUUCAACAAGCAGUGUUCCAGCAAUGUAUACGUGUGGACAAUGUUACAGUCUUUUUGUCGAUAUCAAUAAUAUGCUUUACUGUUUAACGGGUGCGAAUCAUCAAGUUGUCUCAAAGUCAUUGGACACAUAUUUAAAUGUAUGGAGUAUUGUCGCUGGUACAGGUUCAGCUGGAUCAACCUCGGUUACACUUAAUACUCCGUGGGGAAUCUGUGUUGAUACUAACUUGAAUUUGUAUGUAGCCGACACUAACAAUAACAGGAUUCAAAAAUUUGCCUCAGGACAAUUGAACGGAACAACAAUAGCAACUGGAACCAUUGUAUUGUCUGGUCCAACUUCAGUUAUAUUUGAUGCUGAUGGAUAUAUGUUUAUUGCUGAUUGCUUCAAUCAACGUCUUAUUGGCUCAGGGCCUAAUGGGUUUCGAUGUAUAGCGGCAUGUUCUGGAGCUGGUUUAUCAUCCAGCCAAUUAUAUUACCCACAUACUAUGAGUUUUGAUAGUUAUGGAAAUAUAUUUGUCGUUGAUCAAGAAAAUAACAGAGUGCAAAAAUUUCUUUUGUUACCAAAUUCAUGCAAUGGAGCGACAACAGUAACAACUAUGGCCACAGUAACUUCAAUAAAUAAUAGCCAAUCAGUUUCUGUAACAACAACUGCACCAUAUUCAAAUCCUAUUUCAUACAAUAUACCAAAAUUCACUGCGUAUACUACUUGGAGCUCCAAUGGAAUAACUUUGGCAAACAGCACCCUGGUCGGAACAUAUCCUUACGGUAUAUUUGUUGAUAAUAAUAACACGGUAUACGUAAGUGAGUAUUCUUUAAAUCGUGUUCAAGUGUGGCGUGAAGGUAGUAGCAAACCGAUAAGAAAUAUCUCCGGUAAUUUAAAUACUCCAUGUUCUGUUUUUGUUACGAGUAAUGGUGAUAUUUAUGUCGAUAAUGGUUAUGUAAAUAGUCGAGUGGAUAAAUGGGCAUUAAAUACAACAAAUAGUACUGUGGUAAUGAACGUCAAAUCUAUGUGCUGUGCUCUUUUUAUCGAUAUUAAUAAUAAUAUUUAUUGUACACCGCUCGGAUAUCAUCAAGUUAAUACAAAAUUAUUGAAUAGUAAUUCAAGUAUAUGGACAAUCGCUGCUGGCACAGGUUGUGCUGGAGCAACAUCAAAUACGCUUCAUGACCCUCGUGGAAUAUUUGUCGAUACAGAUCUUAAUUUGUACGUUGCUGAUUGUACCAAUAAUAGGGUGCAAAAGUUUCUAUCACAACAAGUAAAUGGAAUAACGCUAGCAGGAACUGGAGCAACUGGAACUAUUAGUCUCAGCUGCCCUACUGGAAUUGCCCUGGAUGCUGAUAACUACGUAUUCAUUACGGAUUAUUUUAAUAAUCGUAUUGUUGGAUCAGGACCAAACGGGUUUCGUUGUUUAUUAGGAUGUACAAAUGUUGCCGGUUCAGCAUCUAAUCAAUUAUAUUAUCCAACAAGUUUAAGUUUCGAUAGUUACGAUUUGAUUAUUAAUCAACCAAGCUUCUGUCCAUCUACAACAUGGUAUACAAAUGCUAUUACAGUCGCUAAUGUCAGCACCGUUGGUUUUCAACCUUAUGGCCUUUUUAUUAGUAUGAGCAAUACUCUUUACGUAGCGAAUAUACAAAACAAUAGCGUUCAAAUGUGGCUAGAAGGAAGUGUGAAUCCUGACAAAACUAUUUCUGGUGGUUUGUAUCAACCUAGAAGUGUUUUCGUUGCACCUUUGGGCGACAUGUAUAUCGACAAUGGUGCCUCUAAUGGUCGAGUCGACCAAUGGUUCGUAAAUGCAAAUAGUAGUGUUCCUUUUAUGACAGUUUCCAACUUCUGUGGUAGUAUUUUUAUUGAUAUUGAAAAUACUCUCUAUUGUUCAGUAAGUAACAAUCAUCAGGUUGUUAAGAAAUGGUUAAAUGAUAACAUGACUGCGUCAACUAUUGUUGCUGGUACGGGUACUGCGGGAUCGGCUGCAAAUAUGCUUAAUUUACCUUAUGGAGUCUUUGUUGAUGUUGAUAUCAAUUUAUAUGUUGCAGAUUGCUCAAAUAAUAGAGUGCAGCUCUUUCCUUUAGGGCAGUCAAAUGGAAUAACUAUAGUUGGAAGCGGAGCACCAUCAACUAUUUCACUCAAUUGUCCAAAUGGAAUUACAUUGGAUGCCAAUGGUUAUCUCUUCAUUGUGGAUCAAAACAAUCAACGAGUUGUUGGAUCAGGACCAUAUGGUUUUCGAUGUAUAUUCGGAUGUAUAAGUGUUACUGGUUCAGCAUCUAAUCAAUUCUAUUAUCCACGAAGUCUUAGCUUUGAUAGCUAUGGAAAUCUUUUCAUCGUUGAUCAAUAUAAUUCAAGAAUUCAAAAAUUCAUUAUGGCGUCAAAUUCUUGUAGUCUUUCUUAUAAUCAACCAACAUUUUGUUCUAAUGCUUUAUGGUAUUCUAAUGCGUCAACUUUUGCAUCGAAUAGUACAAUUGGUUCAUUACCUUAUGGUAUUUUUAUUAAUGGAAUUAAUACUGUGUAUGUACCUAAUCGAGUUAGUAACACUAUUUUAUCAUGGCCACAAGGAAGUAAUACAUCAACAAGCAAUAGUUAUAGUAAUUUGAGUAAUCCAUAUAGUCUUUUUAUGUCUAUGGCUGGUGAUAUUUAUAUUGAUAAUGGUUAUUCAUAUGGUCGAGUGGAUAAAUAUACAUUUAAUACAUCAAAUCGUGUUACUGUUAUGAAUGUUAAUGGAAGUUGUUAUGGUUUAUUUAUUGAUAUUAGUGAUAAUCUGUAUUGUUCACUUAAAACUCUUCAUCAAGUUGUUAAACUCUUACUUAAUAAUGGUACAACCAUUCCAACGAUUGCAGCCGGAAAUGGUUCUGCAGGAUCAUUAUCAAAUAUGCUUAAUUCUCCACAAGGAAUCUAUGUUGAUAGUAAUUUAAAUCUAUAUAUUGCAGACAGUGCUAACAAUCGUAUUCAAUUCGUUCGAACUGGCCAAUUAAAUGGAGUGGCAGUCGUUGGUAAUGGUUCAUCGACAAAUAUUAUACUUAAUUACCCAACUGGAAUUGUCCUUGAUGCUAAUGGUUAUCUUUUUAUUGUCGAUAGUUAUAAUCAUCGUAUUGUUGGUUCAAGUUCUUCUGGUUUUCGAUGUAUAGUAGGAUGUUCGGGAGGUGGUUCAACUGCAUCUCAAUUAUCUUUUCCACAAAGCAUGGCUUUUGAUAGCUAUGGAAAUAUAUAUGUUACUGAUCGAAAUAAUAGUCGAGUGCAACAAUUCGCUCUUCAAACUAACAAUUGCAGUAAGUUAUUUUUAUAUAAUGAGACAUUAUGA